CGAUUGGGUUGGGAUCCCUUUUUAAUACUAUUCCGGGGAGGCUCUUUGACAAAACUAGUAGCGGGGGAAUUGACGGCCCCCAUUUUUCUUAUUGCAGGGGACUUUUUUUCUUACAUACAUAGAGAGAGAGAGAGAGAGAGAGAGAGAAUGUGAAACAUUCCCCCAGACCGACUUGACUGGAAUCAUUUAACGCGCAACCACGAGGCUGAUUCGCAAGGUGUACUCCCACAGUUGAUCGACUGCCCCCUAUCGCUCCUUACUUGUCCACCCUCCUGUCAGCGUUUCGGCACUUCUGAUAUUCUUAUAUACGAAAAUCGUUUCGUUUUCCUCCCCAUGUGUGCCUGAAAUUGGCCAUUCAUCUGCCUUAUCGCUCCCAACAAUUACUUUCAUCUUACCAUCACCGCCCCUCUCUCUCCUCCGCCCGUCAUCGACGCGAAUCCACACCCCGCUUUGAUUGAUUGAUCGAGCAUUCCAUUGCUUCCACUGCGUCUUCUGCGCCCUCAGCCUUGUUUCGCGUGGUAUCUAUUCUGGGAUACAUCAAGUCGCGAUGGCUUCCCAGGACGCGCUCCGGGAUGCAGGGCAAUCGCCUGCGGAUCUUAAAAACCGCAGCGUGAGCCCCUCAGCCCAUCCGCAGCAGCAAUACAACAACGCUUCGCCCGGCUUGACUCUAGACCCUUCCUUCGCCAUUGCGUCUUUCCAAAACUCCGCAUCGUUUAAUGCCAAUCCGAAUCCGAAUUCACCUGGCGCUGAGUCCUACAGCUAUACCGCCGGCGGCUACCUCUCCCCGACCAGCGCGCAAACACUGGCCCCGCCCGAUCAAGCCUUCUCUCACAGCCUCCAACUGCCGCAGUCCUUCGAUCCAGGGCUGGUCAACCAGCUCGACCACUCGUCGGGACUUCCGAUGCAGCCACAGCUUCAGCAACAGCCUCAGCCGCAUGAGGAAAACUUCUCCACCCUAUUGAACUCAAACCCGACCGACUUCGAUUUCUCCCUGUAUCCGAACCAUAGUCCUAACAGCACGACCGCCUCCGAAUACGAUUCCUCGCUAAUGCUCGACACUCAGAUGCAGGGGCAUCCCGGACAAGUCAACCAGGCGAUCAACCCCGCCGAUCUAGUCGGUCAGAUAUCCUCCCCUCAUGCCGUAGCCUCUCCGCAAAUGUCUCCGCGGGAGCAGCAGCCUCAUCAUUCGUCUCCAGGUCCUAUGUCUCCUCCGGGCUCGACGCCAGGGGCAUAUUAUACCCCACAGCACUCCCGCCAUACGUCGUUGGAUCCAGCCAGUGCUGCAUACAUGACAGGCAAUGCGCCUCCCGACUGGCAGAGCAUGAUGGGCAAUGCUGCGUUUCAGGGCCAUCGGCGGGCCCCCUCGGAGGUGUCUGAGGUGUCAUCUGCUGCGCCAUCUCCGUAUAUGUCGCAGCAUGAGUCAUUCGAUGGGGUGGAUAAUAACCCAUCGCCGCUCUUGGCGCCUCAGAAUGACCCAGGGCUCUACGACAGCUCACUCGGAAUCGAAUCCUUUACGCUGUCGGAGCAGCAGCAGCAGCAGCAGCAUCAUCAGGGCAUUAGUCCGGUCCACAGUCCGUACAUUUCUCCGCAACUAAUGCCCCAGCAAGGGAACGAUCUGAUCCCUAACAUGCCGUAUAUCUCCGCUCCUGCCGGGAACCGAUACUCAUGUCCCCCCACAGAUAUCUAUGGCAACGGAGCGGAAGGCGUUGUCAAUAUGCCUCAGGGAACCGCCAUCGUUGGAGACAUUGGUCAAGCGUCGCAGAUGGCGCCACCAUCCAUUAACGUGGAGUUCGCGCCGCCUGCGAAAAACCCGAUCUUUCCUCCAGCCAAGCCAGCGGCAGAUCUGGAUUCGUUAAGUCCGCCUCCGUCCAUGCGCCGCAUGCGUAGCAAAUCUGAUCCAUACGCUCAUCCGGCUUCUCGCUCACGAUCCCCUGUGUCCAUAUCGAGUAGCCUGGAGCCUUUGGCCCCGUCAUCCCCACGGUCGUUGUCGCCGUUUGACUCGACGGGCCGCCAGCCACACAGUAACCCCUCGUCCCGGGAGCCUUCGCCCUCUCGGUCUCGUCGUUUGUCAACAUCAUCGAUUGACAACCGCAAUUAUAUUUUGGGUCUCGCGGAUCCUCAGCGGCCCGGAGCAAGCCCUAAUGAUUCCAAGCGUGUUCAGAAACACCCUGCUACAUUUCAAUGCCAUCUUUGCCCCAAGCGCUUCACUAGAGCUUAUAAUCUCCGGUCCCAUCUACGCACUCAUACAGACGAAAGACCAUUCGUCUGCACCGUCUGUGGGAAGGCAUUCGCUCGUCAACACGAUCGUAAAAGGCAUGAGGGCCUACAUUCCGGAGAGAAGAAGUUUGUCUGCCGUGGUGAUCUCGCACGGGGCGGGCAGUGGGGAUGCGGUCGCCGAUUUGCCCGUGCAGAUGCCUUGGGCCGCCAUUUCCGAUCAGAGGCGGGCCGAAUUUGUAUCAAACCACUCCUAGACGAAGAAUCUCAAGAACGAGAGCGCACGCUCAUGGAUCAACAGAACCGGCAACAUGCGGGCCACUUACAGCCGGUCCCGCAACCGCUCAUGGUACCAGGAAUGGAUGGUCAGCAUGCCAACGGUUUUGUCCUCCCUGCCGCGCUGCUGGCACAAUACCCAGCCCUGCAGAACUUGCAGUGGGAUCAGAUAACUGCGACGGCAGAAGAUCCUACUGACAUGGGAGGUCGUAGUAGCUUUGACGCCAGCUCAGGCGGCGAGUUUGGCUUCGAGGAUGAUGAAUCAAACCUCAGUAGUGUCUCCGGCAUGAGUGGAUACGGAAGUCCCCAGGACAAUCUUUACGUGAUGAACAAUCAGAAUCAAAUGUUGAACGUCAACCCUGGGGACUCGGGGUAUGCCUAGCCAUGAGUCGUGACGUGUCCCGGCUAACCUUUCCCUGAUAAUUCUUUCCUUCCUCCUUCUCUUCCUUUCCUAUAUUUAAAUUCCACCCCCACUUUUAGCAUCAUCUACACCCGCUUUAUUAUUAUUUUUUUUUCUUUCGCGAACG